AUGUCGAUUCGCGCGCCGACGGAUAUCCAGGCGGCGUGUAUUCCACCUUUGCUCGAGGGCCGCGACUGCAUCGGCAACGCGAAGACAGGCUCGGGAAAGACCAUCGCAUUCGCCCUUCCAAUCCUCCAAAAGCUAUCCGUCGAUCCAUUUGGCAUCUUCGCCCUGGUCCUCACGCCAACGAGAGAACUUGCGUUCCAGAUCGCCGAACAAUUCGCCGUGCUCGGCGCACCCCUCAGCGUACGAACCGCGGUCAUCGUCGGUGGCAUGGACUUCGUCGCGCAGGCCAUCGAGCUGGGGCAAAGGCCGCAUGUUGUCGUUGCCACACCUGGAAGGAUUGUGGACCAUCUGAAGAGCAGUGGGGGCGAAUGGGAUUUGUCGAGGGUGCGGAUGUUGGUUUUGGACGAGGCGGACAGGUUAUUGACGUCAACCUUCACACCGGAGCUGUCGUAUCUUUUCGGCGUACUGCCGAAGGAUAGGCAGACGGCGUUGUUCACGGCAACGUUGACGGACGCCAUUGAGAAGCUCGCGGACGCGCCACCGCGCCCAGGCAAGCAGAAGCCCGUUAUUCAUCGCAUGAAGGAAUCCGUCGAAACCGUGGCUACCCUCAAACAAUACUAUAUUCUCGUCCCCUCGCACGUCCGCGAGGCCUACCUCUUCCACCUCCUCGCCCACCCGCCCGAAUCCACCCUCGCCCUCCGGCGCGCCCCACCCGAACCCACCACCAAACAACGCAAGCCCAAAAAAGCCUCCGCCGUCCUCCCCGACGACGAAGUGCCCCCACCGCCCCCACCCACCAUCAUCUUCUGCCACAAACCCCGCACGGCCGCCUACCUCACCCUCCUCCUUCAAACCCUCGGCAUUCGGAGCACCGCGUUGCAUUCGCGGCUGACGCAAAGGGAGCGGCUGGCGUCGCUGGGUCUGUUCCGCGCAGCGGUCGUGCCGGUGCUGGUGUCGACGGAUGUGGGCGCGCGUGGUUUGGAUAUUUCGGACGUGGCGCUGGUGGUGAAUUGGGAUGUGCCGGGGGAGGCGGAGGAGUAUACGCAUCGGGUGGGACGGACGGCGCGUGCGGGGCGGCAUGGUGUGGCCGUGAGCUUUGUGACGGAGAGGGAUGAGGAGAGGGUGCUGAAGGUUGAGGAGAGGAUUAAAACGAAGUUGGAGGAGCUAGUGCUCCCGGAGGAGGCCGUGCUGUCGAAGCUAAAUGCGGUCUCUACAGCGAAGCGGCUGGCUAACAUGGAGCUGCACGACUCGAACUUUGGCAAGCGGGAGGAAAUACACCGCGCCAAGGCGGCCAAACGGCGGCGCGACGAAGGAGCGGACGAUUCAUAA